AUGAUAAACGAUUCAAAGAACGUCGAAGAAUCAACAACAGCUCUCGCCACUGAAGAGGCACCAGACAAUAAGACCAGGCGAUAUGAUCGUCAGCUACGACUGUGGGCCGCGUCCGGCCAAAGCGCCCUCGAAUCGUCGCGUCUGCUUGUCAUCUCGGGCACCGCGACGUCCACAUCCAUCCUCAAGAAUCUCGUCCUACCAGGAAUCGGCCACUUCACGAUCCUCGACCCAAGAAAAGUGACGCCCGAAGACGCAGGGAACAAUUUCUUCCUCGAGGGCCCCUCCAGUAUCGGCAAGUCGCGUGCGGAAGAGGCGGUCAGGCUGCUGUGCGAGCUGAACGACGGUGUUGAGGGCAAGGCCGAUCUCCGUAGUCUGGAAGAGGUAUUGGACAAGGAUAAGGAGUGGUUGACGGAGUUCUCGCUCGUGAUCGCGCACAACCUGGAGGGUGGCCUGCUCGAGCGCCUAUCGAAGUUACUUUGGGAAGACGAGUCAUAUCCAACCCUUGCCAUCGUCCGAUCUUCUGGAUUUUUGGCGGAAUUUUACAUCCAGUACCAUGAGCACACAGUCAUCGAGAGCCACCCUGAGACUGCACAGUCGCUCCAGAUCGAUAAACCGUUCCCCGCUCUCCUCCGAGAUUCGCUCGCCCUUGACUUCGAAAACAUGGACGUCACCGAUCAUGGUCACAUCCCCUAUGUUUAUAUCCUCGUCCGAGUGCUGGAGGACUGGAAGAAAGCCCACAAUGGCUCUCCGCCAUCGACGUACGCCGAGCGACAGGAAUUCAAGAAAUUGAUCCUCGCCAUGCGCAAGAAGUCCGACGAGGAGAACUUUGAAGAGGCCGAAUCGCAGGCCUACCGUGCCUGGACCGCCACUACUGUUCCUUCAGAAAUUAGAGCCCUUUUCUCCGAUUCAAAGGUCACCAACAUCACAUCGACUUCGCCCCCAUUCUUCCACCUUGUACACGCACUGUCCAAAUUUGUGGAAGAGCAGCCAAACCACGCCCUACCAUUAACCAGCACGUUACCAGACAUGAAAGCUGACACGAACAAGUACAUCAACCUACAAAAGCUCUACAAAGAACGAGCGGAGGAGGAAAAGAAAAUCUUCAAGAGCUAUUUGACAGUGUCGGUGGACGAUGCGAUGGUGGACGCGUUUGUAAAGAACUCACAUGCCUUAAAGCUUUUGAGAGGAAAGCGAUGGGGUUCUUUAGACGAGGAUCCGAAGGCUCUAGCCGAGCUCGUUGAAACCUCGUCCAAACAGCUCUCGACACAUCUGGCCUUGUCUGCACUAACGUCUCUCGCAACAAAGCAACAGCCCAACGCCCCUCUCACACCGACUAUCGAGGCACUGACUGCCGAAGCGCAAGCACUCCUUCCAGCAGGCGUCGAGUUGCCAGCGGAGUUUGGAGAUGCUGUCGGUGAAGUUGCCCGAGCACCUAACGCCGAUCUACCCAACACGGCUGCCCUUCUGGGCGGAAUCGUCGCGCAGGAGGUCAUCAAGAUGAUCACGAAACAGUACAUUCCUAUCUAUGGAUCGUGUAUCAUCGACCUCAUCGAGACUUGGACUGGGAUGCUCCCUGUUUAA